UGUUUCAAUCAUCAUGGAAGAUCUUAAAACUAGCCAGGAUGUUUUAUAUCAUGGAUUUCUUGUUAAAUCACCUCCAACAAAGCGUUUGUUUUCGAGAUGGAGAAAAAGAUGGUUUGUUCUUGGACACAAUGCUGAAUUACCUGGACAAUAUUUUUUAAAAUAUUAUGUUGAAAAAGGAUGUAAAAAAUUAAAAGGACAUAUUGAUCUGGAUCAGUGUGAAAAGAUUGAUGCUGGUUUAAAAUAUACAAAUAGAAAACAAAAAUGUCAAUAUAUGUUUAGUGUUAUAACUACAGAAAGAACAUAUUAUCUUCUUGCUGAGACUGAAGCAGACAUGAAUAGAUGGGUUGAUAUUGUUUGUCGAGUAUGUGGGUUAAUGGGAUUUCCACAAGGACCAACAAGCUCAGAUUUACCUCCUGAAAAGAUUACAAUUGAAUCAACACCAUGUUCUUCACCCUCAACAAUUCCUAAACAUGAUGAUGAUAAUGAUAAUGAUAAUGAUGAUAAUGAUAAUGAUGAUGAUGAUGAUGAUGAUGAUGAUGAUGAUGAUGAUGAUGAUGAUGAUGAUGAUGAUGAUGAUGAUGAUCUUGUUUAUAAAUCAGAUGAAGAGGAAAAAGAUUUACACAAAGAUAAAGCAGAUGAGUUGUUUUAUGUCGAUAUACAUCGAAUUGCCAAGUCUUUUGAUAAAUCUACUCCUGGUUUAAAAUAUUUAGAAGUUGUCUUUGAUGAAUCCGACAGUUGUUCAACUACUGAAUUAUCACCAGCAAAACUACCACCAAGUCCAACUUCUUAUACAGAAAUUGAUGCUUUAAAAACUAUAGCUUUAGAAAAAGCAAAAGAACUUGCUGAAAACGAACGAAAACAUCAAAGUUAGAGAAAAAAAAAUAAUAUUAAUUUUAGCUCAUUUAAAUCUGGUUUUUUUUUUUUUUUUUUAAAUUUAUAUUUCGAUUACUAGCAAAGGUUUAAAAAAAAAAUAUAUAUAUUUUAAAGACUUUUAUGAUGUAAUUUUAUUUUACUAUUAAUAAAUGUGAUAUAAAUUUAUAUUUUUAAUAGAAUCUUAAUUUUAUCUAUUAAAUAUUAAUAAAAUAAAAUCAUGGAAAUUUUUAAUUUUUAACAAUUAAAUUAAUUUAUAAUUUUUAUUUUGUAUGAUUUUAUUUUUACUAAAAUACAAAUAUUUUUAUUUUUUUUUUUAAAUUACAAAUUAGAUAACGAUUCUAAGGGUGUUUCCAAAAUUUCAUUAGCAAGUUUUAUAAAUUUACGACUCAAUGAAUCUUCAAGACUUUGUUGAAUUUCUUCAUAUAUUUCCCCCGAAAUACUACUACCAAACAUCAUGGAUGAUAAAAAUCCCAAAAUUGGCUUUCCAAAUUUUUCUGGUUCAUUUGUAAAAACAGAUACUGGACUCAAUGAAAUCUCCCAAUUUUUAAUACUUGCUUUGGCCUUUCCUUGAAUGACUGCAAUGACAUGACUUGUAUGUAAAUUUUCUGUAAAUAAUUAACAAAAUAAAUGAAUUAAAAAAUCAAAUAAA